AUGAAAUCAUUACACAAUAUAAAACUAAUUAUUAGUUUAUUAUUAUACUUUUAUUCAAUUAAUUCACCUAAAUGUUAUGCUUAUUAUAAUAUGAAUACAAAACAUAAUCCAUUAUCAUCUGAAACAAUAUCAAAGAAGAAUACAUUGAAACAAUAUGAUUCUACAUUGAAUAAUUUUCAUGAUGAAUAUUCAGAUGAUACAAAACAUGAUCCAUUAAUAGAUAAUCAUUUCAUGAUGUCUUCUUUGAAUGAUGUAUUAUCAUCUUCAUCACCAUUAUUAUCUUCUUCGUUAUUACCGUCAUCAUUAUCAUCUUCUUCUUCUGCAUCUGCAUCUCCAUCUGCAUCUUCAUCAUCAUCUCAUAGUGAAAUAGAAACACAUCGUUGUGAACCAGUUACAUUAAUAUUAUGUAAAGGAAUGUAUUAUGAAUAUACAAGAUUACCUAAUAUGUUUCAUCAUGAAACACAAGAAGAAGCUGGUUUAGAAGCUCAUCAAUUCUAUCCAUUAGUUCAAAUUAAUUGUUCUAAAGAUUUACGAUUUUUAUUAUGUUCUAUUUAUACACCAAUUUGUAUCAAAGGUUAUCCACAUUUUUUACCACCAUGUCGUUCUAUAUGUGAACGUGUUAAAGCUGGUUGUUCACCAAUUAUGGAACAUUAUGAAUUUCCAUGGCCAGAACGUAUGAAUUGUGAACAAUUUCCAGAAUAUAAUAAUCCUGAUGGUAUAUUAUGUAUGGAACGUAAUUUAACACAUGAAGAACAAUUAGAAUUUCAAUCAAUCAAUAUAAAAAAUAAUGAACAAUAUAAAUCAAUAAAUCAAUCAUCAAUAAAUCAAUUAAGUGAAUUAUCAAAUAAUUUACAUAUAACAUCACAAUUACAAAUAAUAAAUACAAAUGAUCAAAUGAAACCAAUUACAUUAGAAGAGAUUGAAUUCAACAAUCAAUUUAAUGAAGAGGCUAGUUAUUUAUUAUUUGAAAAAGCAAUACAAAAUGAUGAUAUACAUAAAUUAAAAAUGACAUUCCCUAAUUUACAUUUAAAAUGUACAUGUGAUUGUAGACCACCAUUAAUAAAUAUUAAAAAUUCAGAAAUUAAUAAUAAUGCAAAAACAACCGUAGCUGAUAUUAAAGAUUGUUCAAUGCCAUGUUAUACACCAUAUUAUACAUUUGAUUCAUCCUAUAAUUUUACAACAUUUUGGCUUGGUAUAUGGUCAACAUUAUGUGCUAUUUCAACAAUGAUUACAAUAUUUACAUUUAUUACAGAUUCAUAUCGUUUUCAAUAUCCUGAAUUACCAUUAAUUUAUUUAUCGGCAUGUUAUUUUAUGAUAUCUAUGGGUUAUUUAAUUCGUGUAUUUAUGGGACAUCAAGCUAUAGCUUGUGAUAGUUUACCAUAUGAAUAUGAAAAUAUACAAUCUACUAUAAAUAGUAAUAAUAAUAAUAAUAAUUGGUUUGAUUACAAUCCACCUAAUGUAACACAUUUACCAAAUACAUUAACAACAAUCACCAAGGCAACAUUAACAACGGUAACAAUGAAAACAACAAAUCAAUUAAUACGUUCAAAAAAUUUUACGAUAUGCAUUAACUGUAUGGCAGCUUCAAUUUGGUGGGUUGUAUUAGCACUUACAUGGUUACUUGCUGCAGGUUUAAAAUGGGGCAGUGAAGCAAUAUCAAAAUAUUCUCAGGUUUUUCAUUUUAUUGCAUGGUCAUUACCAGCAAGUCAAACAGCAUUAGCAUUAUUAUUAUCUAUUGUAGAAGGUGAUCCAAUUAGUGGUUUAUGUACAAUACAAUCAAAUAAAUCAAUCACUUAUAUAUUAUUUAUAUUUGCACCAUUAUUAAUUUAUUUAAUUAUUGGUAUUAUAUUAAUGAUAAUUGGAUUUAUUGCAUUAUUUCAUAUACGUGGUACAAUUAAAUUACAAAGACCCCGUCUCAUAGAAACACAAAAAUUAGAUAAAUUAAUUAUUCGUAUUGGUAUAUUUGGUAUGUUAUAUACUAUACCAAAUUUGAUUAUUUUAUUCUCUAUUGGUUAUGAAUUACGUCAUACAUAUUUAUGGCAAUUAGGUAUUGCAUGUCAUUGUCAUUAUGAUAUUGGUCAAUAUCAUCAAAUCAAUAAUAAUAAUCAAGAAGAAGAAAACGGAGAAUUAGAACCAAUUUUACCAAUGGCAUUACCAGUAUGGAAUUCACCAAAACCAGAAUAUACUAUAAUUAUGUUAAAACAUUUUAUGAAUUUAAUGAUUGGUAUCAUAUCGGGAUUUUGGAUAUGGUCUAAUAAAACAAUUCAAUCAUGGAAACAAUUUUGUUUACAUAAAUUAUGUUUAUUUCAAUUAAAUAAACAUAAAAGUAAUAGUAAUGGUUUAUUAAUUAAUCCAACUCAUCAUAAUAUAGAUUAUGAUAGAUUACAUAAAAAAUAUAUGAAACAAUCAAUACAUAAUCCAUCAAUUAAAUCAAUACAAUCGAUGAUACAUAAUAAAUCAAUACAUCAUUCAAUAAAUCAAUAUCCUAUAUUUAUUGAUAAUAAUGAACAUUGUAAUACAAUGGUAAUGACUACUAAUAGUAGUAUUACAAUCACUACUACGAAUACUAUUGUUACUACUACUACUACUACUAAUACAUCGAGACAACAUAAUAUUACAUCUUAUGAUUUAAUGAAUAAUGGAAUAUUAUCAAAUAUAAAUUCAUUAGUUACAUUAAGUACACCAUCUACACCAUUUUCUACACAUCCAUAUGAUAUACCGAAUCAUCAUGAUAUACAUUAUAAACCAUCAUUCAAUGCAUAUUAUUCUAUAGAUGGUAGUACAAUAUCACAACAAUAUGGUGAUGUAAAUUCUUAUCAUACUAAUAAUAGUUUUAGUAAUAGUAAUAGUAAUAAUAAUAAUAAUAGUAAUAUAGACAAUAAAUGCAUGAUAACGAAUACAAAAAGUUAUGUAACACAAUUAUCUGGUAAUUCAAUGAAUCCUAGUUUUUCUACAUUAAGUAGUAGUUUGAAUAGUCCACACAAAUCUUCAGUAUCUCAUUUAAAUAAUAAUAAUAAUAAUAAUUUAAAUCAUGGUAAUAACAAUAAUUCCAUAAGUACGGGAAUUUCAAGUAGUGGAAUUAGUAGUUCACAUAUAAAUGAUGGUUUAACAAGAACUGCAUCAAUAUUUAUUGGAUCUGAAUUAAAUUCUAAUUCGAUAUCACCUAAAUUUAUUGAUUAUUAUUUUAAUGGUGAACGAAGAAAUCGUGAAUUGAUUGGAUCACAAUUAACAACAACAACAACAACAACAACUGCAACAAUAACGACAACAACAACUACUACUACUGCUACAACUGUACUCUCAAUGAUCAAGUAUGAUCGUAAUAUUGAUGAGAAUAAUUUAAGACGAAAUAAUCAUUCUGUUUUUGUUAAUAAUCAAUUUGUAUCGAAUAUGAUGAAUGAAAAUCAUAAUAACAACUUAUCAUUGGUACAAUAAACUAAUGGAUAUUGAACUUGAUGUAGAAUAUCUUCGUUCGAAUUCGCACUGAAAUCGGAAAAAGAAAUUAUGCAAGAAUUAGAUAACAUCAUCAUCUAUCAAUCAAUCAAUCGAAUUGGCUUUGAAUAACUUUAAUUUAAUAGUAUCCAGUUACAUGUCACAUUAAUUUACAUACCAAAGAUAAUAUGCUUGAUUGAAUGCCUAUAUUAUUGAAAUUGUACAAUAAAUGGAGGCCAUAAAUGUGCCUUGAAUAUAUAUCCCUCAUACUUCUUCAUAUAUAUAUAAGCCUAUACUCAUAUAAUUUCUUUCAGUUUAAUAAUUUUCAUAAAUGUAAUUUGUAAACUACUAAACAAUGAUAAUUUGUUCACAUCUAAUAGUAGUAUUCAUACUUUACAUAACAAUCAAUUCACGUAUUCAAUAUUUAAUGUAUAUGACAAUCUAACACGGGUUUUUUUAUUUGUAAAUAUACUGUUUUUUUUUAA